AUGCUGGUGCACUAUGGCGGCGGCGGCGACACGGAGACUCCCGAGCGCCACAGGGGCACAGGGCGCCCCUUCCUACUUCCUCCAGUCACUACGGCACAGUGCAUCUCCACCGAGAGCAUAAAGAUGUACCGAGAGCAGGAAAACGGGCCCUCGCCGCCCCCGCCGCCGCCGCGCUCACCCGCCCGCGAUUCCGCCGCCGCGCUCGCCCGUCCUCGUCGCCGGUGCGGCCGCGCCACCCCCCUCGCCGUCGAUCCAAGCCUUUGCCCGCCUCUGUCCCCAGCCGCGCCACCUCCCGCGCCGUCCUCGUCGCCGUCCCCGCCCGCGCCCCCGCCGCCGCCGUCCACGCCGUCCUCGCCGUCCCCGCCCGCGCUUCGCCGUCCUCGCCGUCCUCGCGGUCCUCGCCGUCCUCGCGGCCUCUGCCCCCGUCCUCUGCCCCCACGCGCGCCCCCCGCAACCUCCUCGCCGGCCGCCCCUGCCCCCACCCCCGGCCGCGGCCCCGUCGCCGUCCACGCCGUCCUCAUCGUCGCCGUCGUCGCCCGCCUCUGCCCCGCCGUCCAGGCCGUCCCCUAA